AUGGUGCUGCCUGUCGCUGAUGGAAACUUCGUGCUCAUGCUACCCAGUGACGCAGGCCUCCUGUCUCUCUCUCUGCCAGUUGCAUGCACUUUUAGCUGCACCAUGAAGUUUACAGUCCGCGACUGCGACCCUAACACUGGAGUGCCAGAUGAAGAUGGCUAUGACGACGAGUAUGUGCUAGAAGACCUGGAAGUGAUGAUGUCUGACCACAUUCAGAAGGUGCUGAAGCCUAACUUUGCAGCUGCCUGGGAGGAGGUGGGAGACGCCUUUGAGAAAGAGGAGACCUUUGCCCUCAGCUCCACCAAAACCCUCGAAGAAGCUGUCAACAACAUCGUCACGUUUCUGGGCAUGCAGCCAUGUGAGAGGUCAGACAAAGUACCUGAGAACAAGAACUCCCAUUCCCUCUAUCUGGCAGGUGUGUUCAGAGGUGGCUAUGAUUUAUUGGUGAGGUCCAGGCUGGCCUUAGCAGAUGGCGUGACCAUGCAGGUGACGGUCAGAAGCAAAGAGGGAACACCUGUAGAUGUUAUCUUGGCUUCUGUUGGAUAA